AUGGGCAAAUCGGAGAUCAGAUACGCUGCCAAAGUUGACUUGGAGAAGGAUGCAGCUUCCCAGCCUCAACUCCACAACCGUUGGCACCCCGACAUCCCCUUUGCUGGCAAAAUCGGAGACGGCGAAGUAGUCAAGAUCGAAUGCGUCGACUGGACUGGAGGCCAAAUCAAGAACACCGAUGAUGCAGACGACAUCAAGAACGUCGACCUGACCAAGAUCCAUUACCUCAGCGGACCCUUUGAGAUCGAGCAUGCCGAACCUGGCGAUGUACUGGUUGUAGAGAUUCAGGAUGUGCAGCCUUUGCAAGAUCAACCUUGGGGGUUCACUGGUAUAUUUGCAAAGGAGAACGGUGGUGGCUUCUUGGAUGAACUGUAUCCUGAUGCAGCAAAGGCCAUCUGGGACUUCGAAGGCAUUUUCUGCUCCUCGCGCCAUAUCCCCCACGUCCGCUUCCCAGGCCUCAUCCAUCCUGGAAUCCUUGGCUGUGCUCCCUCCGCCGAGAUCCUCGCAGAAUGGAACCGUCGUGAGAACCAACUCAUCUCUGAAUGUUCGCACAUGGCUCGAGAUGUAGCUCAGCCUCCCAACCCCACGAAUGUCCACGCCGGCGCCGGAGACGAAGCUCUGAAGAAGAAAGUCGGCGAAGAAGGUGCAAGAACCAUCCCAGGUCGUCCUGAACACGGUGGAAACUGCGAUAUCAAGAACCUGUCUCGCGGCUCUAAGGUCUACCUCCCCGUCCACGUUCCCGGCGCAAAGUUUUCAGUCGGUGAUCUGCACUUCUCCCAAGGCGACGGUGAAAUCUCCUUCUGCGGCGCCAUUGAGAUGGCAGGUGUCAUAACCAUCAAGUUCUCGGUUAUGAAGGAUGGCGUCAAGCAUUUGGGCAUGAAGUCGCCAAUCUACAUUCCCGGUGCUGUAGAGCCAAACUUUGGACCUGGAAGACACAUUUACUUUGAGGGUUUCUCUGUGGAUUCGGAUGGCAAGCAACACUUCUUGGAUACUACGGUGGCUUAUCGACAGACUACGCUCAGAUGCAUUGAGUAUCUGAGGAGGUAUGGGUACAGUGACUAUCAGAUCUAUCUGCUACUCAGUUGUGCGCCUGUACAAGGUCAUAUUGCUGGUAUCGUUGAUAUUCCCAAUGCUUGCACUACUCUGGGUCUUCCCAUUGAUAUUUUUGACUUUGAUAUCAGGCCUGAGGCUCCUGUCAAGAAGCUCGACAUGGGCACUUGUGCGUUUGCUUCCAAGUAG